AUGCAAGUUCAACAACCACAACAGAUACAGCAACAACAUUUACAACAACAACAGGCACAGCAGCACCAACAACAACAGGUACAGCAACAUCAACAGCAACAACAACAACAACAACAACAACAACAAAUAUAUCAACAAAUUGUAAAUCAACCAGUUAAUAAUGUACAUCAAUUACCAUCAUUACAACAACAACAAUUAUUAGAACAAUAUGAUGAAUUAUUAAAACAAGUUAGUUUAAUUAGGUCAAAUGUUUCAGAUUUUUUUAAUAGUUUUAUAGAGGAUGCAAAACAACAACAAACCAUUGUAAAUAAAGAAGAGAUGAAACAAAAAUUAAAGAAAUCUAUGGAUUUAGUACUUGGAUCAAUUUCAUCAAUUGAUAAAGUUUCAAAGAGAAUAUCGAGUUAUUCAUUUCAAAUUGCAUCAUCAAAUUUCUCAACACAAGAAGCAUCAUGGGCUUAUUCAACUGGUAUCUAUGAUAAUAGGAAUAUUAAAGUUCAAUUAGAAAUUAGAAAUGAAAAUUAUUGGAGAUCUCAAACUUCCUAUAAAUCAUCACUAGCUUCAUCAAAUUUAGAAAAUAAAUUAAAAGAUUUAUUUCCAAUCAUUUUUCAAGAGGAUGAAGAAUCUUCAUCAUUAUCAAAAAAAAGAAAACAAAUUUCAUCUUUAACUUCGAAUUCACUAAGUACCACUACCAUUACAACUACUACUACACCAUCACCAUUAUUUAAAUUACCAUCAACACCACCAACUUUAUUAUUGUCAGGUACAAUAUCACCAUUUUAUGAUUAUUUUGCACAAAUUGAGCGUGUAAUUCAUUCAAUUAGACAAGAAUCUGCUUUGGAAAUAUUUGAAAUUCAAAAACAAUCAUCUGGUGCACCAAAAGGUUUAUUCGUUGAAUGUCCUGACGUUUUUAAAUGUUUAAUUUGUUUUGGUAUACCAAAUGAUAGAAAAGAUUGUUUUACAAUUGAUAGAAUUUCAUUUUUUGGUGUAAAAGAAAAUUUUGAUUCAUUAUGGGCAUCUUCAAAAUAUAAUAUAUUUAAAAAGAUUUCAGAAAAUUCAUUUGAAGCAAUUAGUUAUUAUUCAGCAAAUCCAAAUGGUGGAUCAAUUUUAAAAUGUAUUUUAUCUUGGAUUUGGUCAUUUAGAGGUUUAUUUUUAGAAGAAUGUAAAGGUUGUCAAGAUAUUUUACAUUUAGAUUCUCCUCAAUAUAUGUAUUUACCACCUUCAUUUAGAACUUUUGAUAAUUAUACUCCUUACCAUCCAUCUUGUUAUCAAAAUCAUUUAUUAUCUUGUAAUUCUUUUUCUUCUUCAACUUCUUCCUCUAUUCAACAAAGCCCUUUCUCACCUCUAAAUAAAUAA